UGACGACACACCCGCCAUCGCAAUGCUCCGAACACUGGUGCGGCGAGCUGCCGAAGCUCCAAGGCCCUUCAAUUUUGCGUCGAAUCCCUACAAAGCGAAGAAGAUAUGGCCACCCAAUUUCGACAACAUGUCACAGAAGCACCAAUUCCGACUCGAACGACGAUACAAGCGCCGGGCCAAGUUAGCGUGGGCGAGGCCGAGAUGGACAAAGGGUGUUAAGCUGGCACAGAAUGGGAUAAUCAUUUUUGUACUGGUUUACGGAGUGUUGUUCAUGGAUUGGGGAAGGGAAGACACGCCGUUUAAGGGGGUAAGUGAUGCUUCGGAGCAAAUGGAGGGUAAAAGCUAACUGCUGUAGAUACGUGAUUGGUAUAAAGGCCUUGCGGGUUCCAUCUGGACCCAUAGUGGCGCGCAAUUACAACCAACCAUGAAGAAUCCCAAUCCCAAGACAUUGAAGGAAGACUCCGACAAGCCCUGAAGCUAGGACGUGUGAUGCUUCUGAGGUCUCCGUCCGCCACGAGAAAGUAGGAACCAACAAUAAGAUCGCCUUGUCGAAUAUCUACAGCUGAUUAAGAGCUACUUCUACGAACCCUAAAACUUCCAAACAGCGUGCCUACCCGUUCUCAGACCAUACCAGAAACCAACAUAAAUGGGUGCCGCUCGGGCGCGAUUAAGGGUGGUCUAGCUAUAGAUGGCUGCACCGUACCAACGGACUUGG